UCAAUAUUUGCAUUACAAACAAUUUAUUCCGCUCUUUCUCCUCAAAUUCCUCUCUGUUCUUGAAAAAUUCUAACGACUCGAAAUAUUCUUCUUGGUCGGAUCUCAAAUAUGCCAGCGUUAGAGUCAACAAAUGGUCCUCGACAGGACCCGGAACCCCUCACAAAACUUCCAUUCGAACCAGUCACCAAAUCACAUAUCCUGCACUGUUCCUACGAUUACUGGCAUCCAAAGUACCGCACAUCAGCCCUGAAAUCUCGCAUCAUUCCCCUCUCCCCGGCCUUCCUCUCCUACCUUCGCGAAGACGGCAUCGUCCUCCCUAGCGAAACACCCACCUUUCCACCUCCCUCAACAUACAAUGAUAACAGCACGAGCUCCGACUGGGACGAUGAUCCCAUCCCGGACCCUUCCCUCGCAUUCUCCUCAAUACACCAACAGAUCAUCACCACAAUCUCCGAACUAGGCGGACUCGUCGCCCCAAAACUCAACUGGUCCGCACCGAAAGACGCAACAUGGAUCAGCAUGAAGAAGAACAGCAUGGAAUGCGCCACGCCAAAUGACAUCUAUCUCCUCCUCAAAUCCUCCGACUUCAUAACCCACGACCUCGAACACGCCUUUGACGAUUGCGAAGACGACGACUCUAUCAAACAAGAAGAUAUCCCCUACGUGCUCGUCCUCCGCAAAUGGUUCAAAGUAAACCCUUCCUGCGAAUUCCGGUGUUUCGUAAAAGACAGACGCAUAAUCGGAAUCUGCCAACGCGAUCUCAACCAUUUCGACUUCCUAUUCCCGAUGCGAGACCGGUUACGAGACACAAUAAUGGCAUAUUUUGACAAUACACUGAAAGAUACCUUUCCAGACAACAGUUUUGUCUUCGAUAUCUACCUCCCAGAACCCUACGACAAAGUACGGUUGGUAGACAUAAAUCCCUGGGCGCCACGUACCGACCCGCUACUCUUCUCCUGGCUCGAACUCCUCACCAUGCCACUUCCCACGCCCCUCCUCGGGAUCCCCGACUCUUCAGAAAACCCAGCACUUCCACCAUCGAGCAGCGACGAAGAUACAUCACACGAAGACGAGGAUGUCGAAGAAGUAGUGUGGAAACCCGAGAUGCGGCUAGUGCGCAAAGACGAUCCAGAGGCAUACAGUUUUGCGAGUCCGCAGUAUAGCGCGCAUAAGCUGCCGAGAGAUGUUGUAGACGCGAGUCUGGGCGGUCAGAGUAGCAUGCGGGAGUUUGCGGAGAACUGGAAGGGGAUGAUGGAGGGUGGGGUUGAGAUGCAGAGGCCGGGGGAGGAAAGUGAUAGUGAUGAAGGAGGGGAGGAAGAACUGGCUAGAGGGGUGCAGGAUUGUAGAUCAGGUACUGAUUAAACAGCUACAAAUGUAUAGAAGGAAGAUUAUACUCGAUAUGACAUCAAUCAAGCAUAGCAUGUGAAGCGCCACAUGAAAUAGUGAAUCAACACAGUCC